AUGAGACUGGUCAAGUCUGGCCGUGAUCAGCAAAAGCCGGUUUUGAUCAGUUUGAGGCGUGGGACACGGUCACAAGGCACCUUCUAUGAUCGAGUGGCACAGGACAAGGAAAUCCUUAAGGUGGUGUUGCUACUCACUGGAAGCAUCCAGACAGCUCGGAACGGGAAGGACGAAUAUCUUCAGGACUUUGAGCGCUGGAGUUGGCUUUGGAACUGCGAUAUUGAUGAAGAGUAUCGCAAGUUUUUGGCCUCGGAACCUUCGUUGGAUGAAUUUGAGGCUCGACUUCGGUCCUUCGCACGUUUGGACGACGAGUUUCAGCUGAUCGAUUCAAGACGCCAGAUUUCUGCCCUAUCUCUGCACACGGGCAGUUUGGCCAAAAGCCUCCGCGAUCUCGCGGGCAGAUGGAAGGAGUCUUUUGCCAAGGAACUCCACUUGCAGGCUUUCCAGCGUUUGGAAGCUCUCAGUGAGGUGAUCAAAUCGACCAUGAAAAAGUUGAGUCAAGAGGUGGCGGAUGGCGAUAUCGAAGCGUUGGGACAUGUGAUGCGAACCCUUCGGGAGGUCCGCGAGAAGCAGGGUGAAAUUGAAUUGGAGUUAGAGCCGGUUGCGCAGAUGUACGCGAUGCUGGACUCCUAUUUGCCCAAUAUCUUGGACAAAGAGGACGGCCAUUUGAGCUGCGUUUUCUGUUGGUUUUUACCACUUUGGAUGGAUAGGAGCAAGACGCCAGAAGCAUGUUGCAGAGCAGUGGGUGAUCUCAGAUCUCAGCACCAAACCCCCCCGCAGAUCACCUGCCAUCGGGCCAUGGUGGCCAGACGUCGGUCCCGGACCGGGGCCGUGGCAGUGCUGCUGCUAGCGGCGGCGGUUCUUAGGGAAGCCUUCGUGGUACCAGGCGGUCGGCCCUUGCCGCGGGCUGCCCUGCGGCUGUUCCCAGCUCUGCUGGGCGCGGCGCCCGCCUGGGCAGAGAAGGGGGUCACCACGGCCUGGAAAAAACGUCCCGAUGGCGGAGAGGAUGAGAUCCAUACUGGCGGCGUUGAGUGGGAAGAUGUGAAGGUGGGCACAGGCGCUAGCCCUCAGAUUGGCGACCAAAUCGGGCUCCGUUACGUGCUGAAGGCCUAUGUACGAGAACGUGAAGUGAUCGUGGAGGACAACACCAAGGGCAAGGCCAAGGAUUUCAGGUUUGGAGUUGGUCAACUCCUACCAGGCAUGGAUGAAGGUAUUGCGGGGAUGAAGACCGGUGGCGUCCGCAAGCUACGCAUCCCGGGCAACUUGGCCUUCGGCGAGAAGGCCUUGCCGUCGGCGCCCGGGCGCAUGGCGCUGCCGCCCUUCCAACCGGUGGAGGCGGUCGUCACGUUGGAUUUCAUUCCGGGGGCAGAUGCGGUCUAUGACUAUGGCGAGAUGGAUGAGGAGAAGUGAGAAGAUCGGGAGCUGCGAUGAUCUGAAUGAGAUAUUUCUCAGUAAAUCCAGAGGCGUUUGAACACUUUUCCAUGACUCGACAUCUUUUCGCAUGCGGCCUGAUGGCCUAAUGCCCCGGUCGGACGAUUCAUUGCAAAAACAACAUGAGCGAAUGAUGGGGGGCGGCAUGCUGAGACCCGG